GGCAGCCUGUGGCAGGCCUCAGGGACCCUUACAGUAGUGAAGUUCUUCAUGUUGAGAUGGAACUUCCUGUACUGUAGUUUACAUCCAUUGCCCCUUGUCCUGUCACAGGGCGAGGAGGAGAUCUCAAGUGUGCUGUGCCUUAUGAACAUGCAGGAGCCUGAUGCCAGAAAAUACAGUACAGCCAGCAAGAUGCUCAUGCUGGAAAGCAAUGGCACAGACUGAAACAGUUGAAACAAUCAGAACUUGGAAAACAGUAACAUGAGAAGAGGAACAAUUCAAUCUGUGCCUGUGGAGUCUCAGCAUUCACCGCAGCAGAUGGACUCACGACGCCUUGGUCCCUGAGUAGGAGUGAGCAAGCUGUGUGGGGCUGCCAGCUGGAGUUGAACCAUGACAUUCACCUGGUCCACUGUCCAAUUUCCAGAAGUGCCCAGAAGCAGAUGGCUUGGCAGAGUACAGGGACAAUGCAAAGCCACCUCACUACUGGAUCAUCCAGACCACAUUUGUUCAAUGUAACUGUUUGGAUGCUGUGGAUACUUCCCUGAGGCCAAGAGAAACCACAACCACUGCACCACCACCAUCUUUCCACUUGCUUAGGUCCUCCUGUGGUGCUGUGUGGAAAUACUGCUGAAUAUACUUGGUUAAGUGCAUAUAAGAGGCUGGCAGCCAUGGAGCAUCCCCUUAUCAGCAGCAGGCCAUUUGCUUCACAAGCAGUUCUGGUGGCAGGAGGGAAUCCAUCCUUCUUUAGAGCACUUCAGCCUGGGACAGAUGCAGUGCCAGUGCCUCCUGCUGAAAGACUGAAGACCCUCAGAGGAGAUGUUAGGAUGUGCCUGAAGGAGUUCCAGCCAGCACUUCUAAACCCAGUCCAGCAGAAGUGACAGCUACUCAGAACAAUGAAUUCUACAGCUCCUCUAGGUGAUCCUGCUCCAGCAGGGAGGUUGGACUGGCUGAGCUUUGGAGGUCCCUUCCAGCCCCUGACAUUCUGUGACUGUGUGAAACGCAGUGCCCCAGCAAGGCAGAUAUCAAGACCAUGCCUUCACUCAGAGCUGGCCUUGGCAGAGCUGUAUGAAGAUGAAGCUAAAAGGCAGGCACUGUGUUCUGAGAAGCCAACAACUACAAAGCUCAGUAACACAAAAGCAACACAGAGUCUUAAAAUUGAUCCUCUGAGAAGGUUGAGAAAACCAGAGAGAAGCAUGAGUGAUGACAAAGAAAACCAAAGAUUUUAUUCAGGUGACUCAGAAUAUAGAGGGCUGCAGCUUUCUGGGGCUUCUAAUAAUCCAAGCAAAAUUGUUGCUGAACUCUUCAAGGAAGCAAAAGAGCAUGGGGCUGUCCCAUUGGAUGAAGCUUCAAGAGCAUCUGCUGAUUUCAGCAAAGCCAAGUCAUUUUCUGGUGGUGGAUAUAGAUUGGGUGACUCAUCGCAGAAGCACUCUGAAUAUAUUUAUGGAGAAAACCAAGAUGUUCAAAUUUUGCUGAAACUGUGGAGGAAUGGCUUCAGUUUAGACGAUGGCGAGUUGAGAUCCUAUUCAGACCCAACAAAUGCUCAGUUUCUUGAGUCUGUUAAGAGAGGGGAGAUUCCUGUGGAGCUGCAGCGACUCGUUCAUGGUGGGCAGGUUAAUUUGGACAUGGAAGACCACCAAGAACAGGAAUAUGUGAAGCCCAGGCUGCGAUUCAAAGCUUUCAGUGGCGAGGGACAAAAGCUUGGGAGCCUUACCCCUGAAAUAGUCAGCACACCAUCUUCCCCAGAGGAGGAGGAGAAGUCCAUUCUUAAUGCACCUGUUCUGAUUGAUGAUUCCAUGCCAGCAACUAAAAUUCAAAUUAGAUUAGCUGAUGGAAGCAGAUUAAUACAAAGAUUUAAUCAGACACACAGGAUCAAGGAUAUUCGGGAUUUCAUUAUCCAGUCCCGCCCAGCCUUUGCAGCCACUGAUUUUGUUCUUGUGACGACCUUUCCAAACAGAGAGCUAACAGACGAGAGCCUGACGCUACAAGAAGCAGAUAUACUGAACACUGUGAUUCUCCAGCAAUUAAAGUAACCUUACAGCUGUUUGUACACCCUGGGGAACAUGCUGUGCUGCCAUACAAUAUGUUUCCAGCAGAGCAAAGCGAGAGGAAAUAUUAUUCCCCACUUCCACAGAUUGGAAUUUUGGGUUUCCUGUCUUCCAGCUCUAGCAUAUCUUUUCUAUUUUAAUUUUUCAACAUUGUUCAGCCUUUUCUCUGUGGUUAAAAAUAAGCUUCCCUCUGUUUAGUAUUUUCCAAACCACAUUUUGUAUCAAAUGUGAAAUGAGGUUUGCCAUUUGGACUCUCAAUGAUUGUGAGGGGGGCUGGGGGGGAGCAGGCUUUUGCCUGAAGGGAACAACAUCUUUCAUACAGUCGUUAAGAUUUGCACUAUGGAGAUGUUUUAUGCUGCAUUGACAAACAGCCAUUUGAAAACUUAGCCUGUAGGUUAUGUUUACUUUCCAAGCUGUAUUAAUAUUAAAGGUGUUCUGUUUAAUAUGUUGAGAGAUAAUUAAUGCCCUGAUACAAUUUUUGUGUAUUCUGUUGGUGGUGUUUCAUGGUGCAGUAGAGUAUUUAUAUCCUUGUUUUAACACUGUUCUCCUUGUACUGUUGCUCAUCUGAAUGAAUCAGUUCAGGAGAUGCAAACCUCAGCUAUUAAUAGAUUGUUCUCAUUUGUAUUCUAGUUGUUCUACUUGUGGUGAAAAUAAGUACGAAUAUUUCUUUUCUUCUGGAAGUUAGGGAAUUGAGAGAGACCACUGUCAACUGGAGAAAUGUUGCAGUAGAGAUUGCAUGAGGAUAAAGCCUGUGGUCACAUUGAACCUGAGUAUGCAGUUGAACCCUAGGCAGCUACGUGAUUCUUCACAUCAACAGUUAGUUAACACCACCCAACACAGCGCUGACGUGCAGAGAUCUUGCACAUGCUGGGACUUCCAUGCACAGGAGUCCAUCCAGUUCUGGGCCACUCAGUUCAAGAAGGACCUCAGGAAACUGCUUGAAAGAGUCCAGUGCAGAGCCACAAAGAUGUUGAAGGUAGUGAAACAUCUCCUUGCUGAGGGAGCUGAUCAGGCUCUUUAGCUUGGAGCAAAGGAGUCUGAGGGGUGACCUCAUUCAUGUUGUUAAAGAUAUGAAGGGCGAGUGUUGAGAGGAUAGUGCCAGGCUCUGCUCAGAGAUGUCCAGUGGUAGGGCAAGGGGUGCAAGCUGGAGCAGAGGAGGUUCCAUGUGAAUAUAAGGAAAAACUUUUUCACUGUGAGAGUGGCAGAGCACUGGAACAGGCUGCCCAGAGUGGUUGAGGAGUCUCCUCCUCUGGAGACAUUCAGAGUCCACCUAGAUGUGUUCCUAUGUGACCUACUCUAGGUGAUCCUGCUCUGGCAGCGGGGCUGGACUGGAUGAUCUUUCAAGGUCCCUUCCAGCCUUUAACAUUCUGUAGUUCUAUGGGCAGCAGACAUGUUAAUUGGUCUGGUAUUUUUGACCUGGAUUUCAGAUCUUUACAUUUGGAAUUUCAGCCAAAGGCAUUUUGUGAUGAUUCAGUGGAGGGUUAGUUGUGCUGCUUUCACUACACCUGUUUGGAAGCUGCGUAGCCAGACCCCUUCAUCUUGAAAAUAUGUAUUUUUACAAACAACUUGCCCCCACACUGCAGCAUGCAGGCAGGAAUCUCACAGUGUGAGCAAACUGGCUGCUGUGCUGUAAGAGUUUGCAGUUUUGUAGUAGUUGUGGCUCUGUAUCAGAUGAGGGGAUCACACUCUGGAGGAGGAGAAAUGGGCUGUAUAUGUGUUUAAAAAUGCUGGUUUCACUGAUUAUUUUAUUCUGAAAACAUUUAUUUAUGCUAUAUUAUAAUUGCUCAGUAUAUUUAAUUUCAUCUUAACAUUUUUACCUCAAAGUAGAUCUUUGGGUAAAUUUGAAAUGUGCCAUUGUAUUUGAAGUAUUUUGUUUGGUAAUCCAAAUAUCUGCAUGAGAGAAAUCCUAACUCAUUUCAUGUGCAAAGGAAUUAAAAUUUUAAGAUAAAAGAC